GCGGAGUGCCGCUCCCCAGCGCUGUUGUCCUGACGCAACAUUUGACCUAUUGAGACCUGAGCCGUUUUUGUGUCAUUUUUUUUUUCUUUCUUUCUUUCUUUUGUUGGUCGCUUUUGUCCCGCAUCAAUGGCAGCCGUCAGCCACAGGUGGAGGGACAGCCAGAGAGCGCCCAGUUGCCGGGUGUCUCGGCCACCAUCGUUUGAGAACUUAUCAGAAAACUUGUUCUUUUAAACCGACUUUUGUGAAGCGAAAGAGAGAGAGAGAGAGAGAGAGAGAGAGAGUGAGAUGUGAGAGGGGGGCUCAUCAUUUCCGCUGCACAUUGGCCGCCACCGUUUGGAAUCUUGGGGCUGGCAUCGGGGCUGGUCAAACAACAAGUGUAGCAAGCGUUGAUAAGGGAGCGGCGGGUAACCUUUUCCUGCCCCCCCCCCUUCGCUUCCUCAAAAGUGGGUUCGGUAUCUAUGGCUUUUUUUGUGUUUGUGUGUGUGUGUGUGUGUGUGUGUGUGUGUGUGUGUGUGUGUGUGUGCUGUUUCGCUGUUUUAAGCCCCGAGCCCCUCUCGGAGCCGCCUGUCAAUCAUUCUUGUGUCUGGGGAAGGAUUGGAGCUCGAAGAGAGGGAGAGAGAGAGAGGGGGGGGGGGCAACGUUGACAAUAGGGUGGGGCACUGCAAGUCCUGCGCGCCGUUUCCGUGACGACCAAUCGGGAAUGGGAGGCGCGGAUCGAGGUGAUGGGUGCGCGGUGGAUCCAGUCCAGUCCCACCAAGGCAAGGCCUGCAAGGAACACAAAACCGGCCAUUAAGCAGUGGCUCAGGGAGAGCGGAGGGAUGGGGAUUGAAGGGAUGAAUUCCUUGUUUUCUUUUUUGGUUCGCGAACGGGAGCCCCAACGCUCCAUCCCUUAUGCCCUAAACAAGCUCCACACGCUUAAGUGAGCGAGUGACAGAGAGAGAGAGAGAGAGAGCCGACACGAGAUAAAGCACACCUCACAGCGAGCGCGCCGGAGCGGUAGGACGGGCGGGCGGUCCGGUUGCUUGGUACACACGAGCGCGGGUCCGAGGUCGCGCCUCGCCGAAGUACCCCGUGCGAGAUCGGUCUCGUUACCGCGCGCGGUCUAGGCCGAGAGCAAAAUAGCGGAGCGCGAGAGCGAGCGAGAGAGGCUGCCCGGGGCCGUUCGCCGUUUUGGCGAGUACAAAUAGUGCUGCCCGGUGGCUGCGACUCCUCAGUUUGACGUUAUCAUCCGCCGCACGUCGCGCAGAGACGCGCCUUUGGCUGUCACCCCGGCUCACACCCUCCACCCGAGUGGCAGACGCGAGCUCGCACGCGGUCGCUGGUGUGCGUGUUGUGUGUUUGGUUUUUGUGCGUUACGUCGCUCAACAAAGCAACAGGGGUUGAAAAAAAAAAGGAAAAGUUCCCCCUUUUUUUGGCGCCAUUUUUCCCUGUGCACGUGUGUUAUUGUGUGAGUGUGUGUACGAGCAGAAAAAAAGCACCAGAAAGGGCUCCAAAGGGACCUCCUCGGGAACCACACCAGGUGACAAGCGAGACAGCCUCAACAUGGUGGACGCGUGCGAAACGAUGCCCAAAGCGGACACAAUCAAACUGCGAAACAAACACAUCGGCAAAUCCUGCCAGCUGUUCUAUCGCUCCGAUCCGCUGAAGAUAGUGCGCGGCCAGGGCCAGUACAUGUACGACGAGCAGGGUGCACGGUACCUCGACUGCAUCAACAACGUCGCGCACGUUGGACACUGCCAUCCGAAGGUGGUGGAGGCCGGGACGCGCCAGCUGGCCACCCUGUCGACCAACAACCGCUUCCUGCACGACGAGCUCGUCCAGUGCGCCCAAACGCUCGCGGCAAAGAUGCCCGGCAACCUGUCCGUCUGCUACUUCGUCAACUCCGGCUCGGAGGCGAACGAUCUGGCGCUGCGGCUCGCCCGCCAGCACACCGGCCGGCACGAGGUGAUCACGCUCGACCAUGCCUACCACGGUCACGUCUCGGCCGUGAUGGACAUCUCGCCGUACAAAUUCAACCAACCGGGCGGCGACCCGAAGCCCGACUUUGUGCACGUGGCACCGUGCCCGGACGUGUACCGGGGCAAGUACCGCGACUGUGACUAUCCGGACGGUACCGACCUGGGCCAGCUGUACGCGGACGAGGUGCAGCGGCUGCUGGACCGCAGCCCGGCCGGUGUGGCCGCCUUCAUCGCGGAGAGCUUGCAGAGCUGCGGCGGGCAGAUCAUACCGCCGGCCGGCUACUUCCAGAAGGUGUACGACGCGGUACGCAAGGCCGGCGGCGUAACGAUCGCGGACGAGGUGCAGGUCGGCUUCGGGCGGAUCGGCACGCACUACUGGGCGUUCGAGCCGCACGGCAUCGUGCCGGACAUAGUGACGGUGGCGAAACCGAUGGGCAACGGGCAUCCGGUCGGGGCGGUCGUCACUACGCCCGAGAUUGCGGAAAGCUUUGCCGCCACCGGCGUCUGCUACUUCAACACGUACGGUGGCAAUCCGGUGUCGUGCGCGAUUGCGAACGCGGUCAUGCGCGUGAUCGACGAGGAGCGGCUGCAGGAGAACGCGCUGCGCGUCGGCCGCUACCUGCUGGAGCAGUCGCGGGCCCUGGCCUACGAGUAUCAGCUGGUGGGCGAUGUGCGCGGCACCGGCCUGUUCGUGGGCAUUGAGCUGGUGGCGGACCGGCAGCGCCGGCUGCCGGCGACCCGCGCCGCCAAGGCGGUGGUCGAGCGGAUGAAAACCGUCCACCGGAUACUGGUGAGCAGCGACGGGCCGGACGACAACGUGGUCAAGCUGAAGCCGCCGAUGGUGUUUACCGCGGAGAAUGCGGACGAGUUCCUGUACGCCAUCCGCGAGUGUCUCACCUACCUGGAGCAGCAGCAGAAGGAAUCGAGCGCAGCAGCGCCGGAAGUGGCAAACGCGCCGGUCCGCGUAACCCAUCCACUAGCGACCGGUGGCAUCCUUCAGCCGAGCCCGAUCAGCCGCGGCCAGCGCGAUACGUCAACACUCAUCAAGUCAAUCUGAACGGAUCCAGGCAGAUCUGCCACCGAUCAAGCGCAAGCAGCCCCGAUCAACGCCGGAGCCCGCGGCACUUGCUUUCCGCUGGUGGAGCGCUGCGCACGAUGCUAGAGGGGGGGGGGAGACACUUAUUUGUUUUAAAAAUAAGAAUUACAUUAUAAAGCCCUCCUUCGCGUCCCCUCGUACACUACUGGCGGGCGUGGGGAGGGGCCACACUUUGCUGUCAUUUAAAGUUUUUAGAGAACGAGAGGGAGAGAUUUAAAGCGAGCAAAUCCAAUCCAAUUGCCUUCGUCUGCUAAGGAGGGAGGAAUGAUAGUUGUAAUCAAUGCAAUAGAGUAAGUCGGCUAGAGGAUGGGAGAGAGUAGUGGUGAAAUGGUGCGAUAAAUAUAUUUACGCUGCCUGUAAAGGAGCUGUUCCAAUUAAA